CGAGGGGACUCGGGAGCGGGAGGCAGCGCCGAGCCCGGCCAGCCCCGCUCCGCCAUGGCCCCGGCCCCCCCGCGCCGCCCCCGGCCCCGGCCGCUGCUGCCGCUGUUGCUGCCGUUGCUGCUGCUGCCGCCGUUACCGGGCGCUGCCUUUAACCUGGAGGCGUCGAGGCCCGUCGCCUUCCGCGGGGCCCCCGGGUCCCUCUUCGGUUUCGCGUUGGACUUUUACCUGCCCCGGCCCCGCAGCGUCAGCAUCCUGGUGGGUGCCCCCAAGGCCAACACGAGCCAGCCCAAUGUCACCCAGGGGGGGGCCGUCUACCACUGCCCUUGGCCCCCCGGUGACGACUGCACCCCCAUUGACUUCGACCACAUCGGGACCCGCACCCACGAUUUUGGGGGCAACAGCACGGAGACCCCCGACCCCGUCGAGUUCAAGUCCCUGCAGUGGUUCGGGGCCACAGUGCGGGCGCACAAUGCCUCCAUCCUGGCCUGCGCCCCACUGUACAGCUGGAGCCCCCCCAAGGAGGAGGGAGGGGGCCGGGAGCCGGUGGGCACUUGCUUCCUCUCCAUCGGCAACUUCUCCAAGUUCGUGGAGUAUGCACCGUGCCGCUCAGACUUGAACUCUGCGGCUGGGCAGGGCUACUGCCAGGGGGGCUUCAGCGCCGAGUUCACCCAGACGGGACGGGUGCUCCUGGGGGGGCCCGGCAGCUACUUCUGGCAAGGGCAGGUGAUGUCGGCGACGCAGGAGCAGAUCGCGGCCUCCAGCUACCCCGAGUACUUCAUCCAGGAGGUGGCCGGGCAGCUCCAGACCCGCCAGGCAGCCCCCACCCACGAUGACAGCUACAUGGGCUACUCGGUGGCGGUCGGCGAGUUCAGCGGGGACACGACGCAAGACUUUGUGGCCGGUGUCCCCAAGGGCAAUCUCACCUACGGCUACGUCACCAUCCUCAAUGGCACCAACAUGAAGUCCCUGUACAACUUCUCAGGGGAGCAGAUGGCAGCGUAUUUCGGCUACGCCGUGGCAGCCACGGACGUGAACAACGAUGGGCUGGCUGACCUGCUGGUGGGGGCCCCCCUCUUCAUGGCGCGGACAGGGGAGGGGCGGGUGCAGGAGGUGGGCAGGGUGUACCUGUACCUGCAGCUGCCGGGGGGGGCUCUGCCUGACCCCCCCCUAGCACCCACCCCCCCCUCCACGGCACCCACCCCCACCAUGGCACCCACCCCCGCCGUGGCCCUCACCGGGCCCCAGGAGUUUGGGCGUUUCGGCAGCGCCAUCGCCCCCCUGGGAGACCUUGACCUGGACGGCUUCAACGACGUGGCGGUGGGGGCCCCCCUGGGCGCCGAGGGCCGGCAGGGGCUGGUGUACAUCUACAGCGGGGGGGGGGCCGGGCUGCACCCCCACCCCGCCCAGGUGCUGCGGGGGCACUGGGCGCCCGGCCGGCACCCCGACUUCUUUGGAGCCGCCCUGCGCGGGGCCACCGACCUGGACGGCAACGGCUACCCGGGUUGA